CUCAAUCAUCAACUAUAUUAUCUCGUUUCAACUUAAUAAUCAUUAUUGUCGUACUAAGUCGCCAAACAUGUAUUGUCUAUCCGCUGUUUUGAUGUUUAUGUUGUGCGGCGUCGCCAUUAUUCAUGUCUGUCAUGCUUGGGUGUUUCUGGAUGAUCCAAUCGAGAAAGUUGGAGUGAGCAGAGAGGAUUAUUUGAAGAUCCAUCGUCGCCGUCAACCGGCCGUUUCAUGGCCGCACGUUCUUCCUCCUAAGAAACACAACAACAAAGGACACGCAGGAAGAAGAGGAAUCAUUGAGUUUGAGCCUUCUUCUGAUGAGGGGAAAAAAGAGGGUUCAAGAUCAUCCGCAGUUGAUAAUGAAGUUGAUUCCAAUCACAAAAACAGUAAGGUUGGGCGUGAUGCCGAUGAUGGCGAUAUAGUUGAGAUGGACUAUAAUCCAGCACACCGUAAGUCACCCAUUCACGGCAAAUAAAACAAUUACGUGUAUU